UCUUGUUGGCUGGCGUAACGGAACUAGUUCUUUUUGGAAGUAGUAUAUAUUCUCAAGUUUGGGUGAUUAGAAUUAUUUUAUAUUAUUCCAUAUUCUACACAGAACGGUUAUUUUGUUACUACCACCAACCUUUAUUUCAUUAUAUACUACAAUUUUGAUAAAUAUAUAACACAAUAAUAAGUAAAAGAAACCAUGGAUAACAUGAACAAAAAGAAAAUUUGGACCUACGAUGAACGCUUGGAGCUUGCUACUAAAUUGGACGGACAAUUGGAUGAUUUUAUAAGUCAAUUAGAAAAGAGAACUUUUAAAGAUGGAUACACUGAAGAGAGUAUGCUAGAAGAAUUAGAAAAUCAUCCAUUCUUUAUGAAGAAAGCUCCAGAACCUGGACAGCCACUAUCUCCUCUUGUGGAAGGAUUACAGCAACUUAAAUAUUCAUCGGAAGAAAAUACUCCUGAACAAUUAGCUAAAAGUUAUAAAGACGAUGGAAACUUCAAUUUCAAUAAUGGACAAUAUCGUAUGUCUAUUAUAAGUUAUACAGAAGGUAUCAGAACCAAAUGCAAAGACCAAGAAUUAUUGGCACAACUUUACAAUAAUAGAGCUACUGCACAUUAUAUGCUUCAAAAUUAUCGGUGUAGUUUAAAUGACAGUAAACAAGCAAUAAAAUUGAAAUCAGAUUACGCUAAAUCCUUGGAAAGAGCCGCUAGAUGUUGUUUCAGGGUAAAAGACUUUGAACAGUGUAACGAGUUAUGCGAUAAAAUCCUACGUAUUUUCCCAGACGAGAGAGCUAUAUUGGAUUUAAAAAGACAGAUUAUAUUGUGUGAUAAAACCUCAUACCGUGACCAAAGGAAACAGAAAAAAGAAGCAGCAAAACUUUCUAAAGAAGAAGAAGAAUUGUUAUCUACUAUCAAAAGUAGAGGCAUUAAAUUAGAAUUGCUUGAUGGUGACAAAAUUCCAAACUUGAAAGAUUUGGAAUCUAAGAUACCAGAAUUGAUGCAAAGUAAAGUACACUUAGAUGGUAAUAACAAGCUUGUAUGGCCAGUAAUAUUUUUAUAUCCUGAAUUCCAAGAAACUGAUUUUGUACAAAAUUUUCACGAGGAUAUUACUAUAAAAGAACAAUUAGAAGAAUUAUAUUUUUCCCCACCACCAUGGGAUAUUCAACAUCAGUAUAACCCUGAUACCGUAGCAAUAUAUUUCGAAGGAAAAGAUAAAAUUUCUCUACAUAAAGUGGACAUUUCAGAAACGCUUGGAAAGAUAUUAACGGACGAACAAUUUUUGGUUCGUGGUGGAACACCAGCAUUCCUGAUAUUUGUAAAAGACAGUAAAGCCGAAGCUCGUUAUUUGAGAACCUAUCACAAAGAAGAGACAGGAAAGAGUGCGUUAUCGAGGAGAACUCAAAAGUGUUUGGAAGUUUUGCGUCGUAUCAUUAAAAAAAUCAGAAAGUGUUUUAAAGACGAAAAGAUCGUCGUGAUCGAUCGCCCAAAAAUAUCGUCGUUAAAGAGAGAUUUCUCGUAUAAUCGAGUUUUGAGAGAGAUUUAUUCUAUUGACGGCCAGGAAGAGGAGGCACCUAGAAAGUGCCAAUUAUUUUUCGAAAUCGUGGAAGGGAAUAAUCGAAAAACGGCGAACCAUUACGGAGCCAUUCAAUACGCAAGCUCGUACAGUAACGGUCGUACGGCAGCGAGCUUGUACAACAACAAUUGUUCUUCGACCACCACUUACGGUGGCUUCGUGCAGCAUCAACAACAACAACUUCACGAGGAUUAUCGACCAAUUUAUUUUUAUGUCGCUCAGCCGUACACGAUACCGUAUACGUUCGCGAAAAGACCGAGACCGAAUUCUUCUCUUCUUAGAUCGGACAACAGGUCCAAUUGUCGCGUUAAAUUUUCCAAAAGAUUCGCCAACGUAGACUUCUCCCAAAAGGUUAAACAGGGAGAGUUCUCCAAGAGUCUCAAUCAAGUUCAUUUUGCCGAAGGCCAGGACCAAGGAUUUCCGCAUUUUUAUAAACCUGGCCAGACACCGCGCCAUCCAAGAAUGACGUCGAUGUUUCGAAGGGGCACCAUAUUCGCAACUUUCUUUCUCUCGUUACUCGGUGGUGGAUUGGUCUGUGCUGCUCUUGUUACGCAACACUGGGUCGAGGCUCGACCCUGGAGGACACCGAAUCCUCAAGAGAGUGCAGGAAGAGUCCAUUUGGGUUUAUUACAAGGUAAAAAGGAAUUGAACGUUGCUUAUGGCUGGAGGACCUACCACGUAUCAGUACCUCAAAUGUUACGGCAAGAUCCAACAGUAAUGUCCUGGGGACUUUGGAUAGGAACUUUAACUGCUACUUCCGCUGCAUUGAUAACUGCUGCCUUUGCCGCACUUUUAGCUGUGCUAAACACGGCAACCUCACCGAGAUCUAAAGCUCUCUCUGUACCUGGAGUUUAUUUUAUAAACAUUUUAGCGUUGAUGAUGUGUAUAACGAGCGUUGGUACAUGGUUAGCACAAUAUUACACGAGGCUAUACGUCAAUGUCCUACCAAAGGAAGAUAUUGAUAAUAUGUGGACCAGUGAAGGUUCGGCCGAACUUGGUUAUUCAUUCUGGCUCGUUGCAACUGCUGCUGUUGUACAUCUUAUUAGUAUCGCAUUAGUCGGUUGGGGAUCCGGAAGAGAAAAAGACAAUAAUUUGGAACCGAUUCCUGCAUUGGAAGAAAAAACUGCUGCAGCAAUAAUGCUCUAUUAGAAUCAGUUUUUUUUUUUUAAAUAUCGAACAAAUGUGCACUUUUUUUUUUUUUAAGGUAUGUAUGAAAGAGAGAGAGAGAGAGAGAGAGAGAGAGAGAGAGAGAGAGAGAGAGAGAGAGAGAGAGAGAGAGAGAGAGAAGAGAGAGAGAGGAUAUCUAAAUGCAUUCACAAAAUUAUAUUCCAAAAGUUCCUAAGAGUAGGUAUUUUUCUUGCCACGUGUAUCCAUAUUGAAGAUUAUAUGAUUAUAUCGUAAAGUAUACGCUGUAUGUUUAUAAAAUAUACUUUUCUGUUUCUUUUUUUUACGAGGCACGUAGAGCCGAUCUCUUGCCGAAUGAGAGAGAGUGAAAGAAAUUGCUAUUUUCAGAAUGAUCGUUAUGUAACACACACGUUAAUCAACAGUAAAUCCUAAUUAACUGAUGAUUCUAUUGUUAUCAGUGAUCUAAUAUAUAUUUUUCUCGUACAAUAUACUUAAUUGUAAUUGCUUUAAAUUUGGAAGCCGAUCACCGUGAACAUACGAUCAAACAAAAAUUAAUGACGAAUGUUAGUCCGUGUAUAUAUAUGUUAUUUAUAUACACAUAUACACACAUAUAUAUAUAUAUAGUUUUAACUUAGUCGAAUAUAUGAUCCUUUUUUCAAAUGAAUGUAAUAGUUGUAUAUCGAAAAGAAAAUACUCAAUAAUUUCACAUGUAUGUCCAAAUCUAUAUUAUAAUUAAAUAUUUUUUUGAUCGGUGAUCAGAGGAUUUGAGCUACUACUUAUCUCAUUAUAAUUUUAUAUUUUAAUAACGAUCUGACUGAUGCAGUUAGUUUUUUUUAAUUGCAAUAUAUAUAUAUAUAUAUGUAUGUAUAUAUAUAUAUAUACAUACACCAAUAGCAAGCACUAUUUUAUUGAAAUGUUUUUGUAGCGCGAUGCUACAUAUUGUAAAUAGACACGAGGAGAUGAAGUUUUUAUCGAUAUAUUUAUUAUGCAAUACCUAAGUGUUUUAGUAUACUCUUUCAGGCGUAACAAUAAAUGGAUUUUCCAUUCUAGUUAAUAAUACAAUACGACAAUAAAGAUGUAGACGUGACAUAGGACUUGUUUUUUCUUCUUGUAUGUUUCGAUUAUUUCUUUCCUUCUUUUUCUUUCUUUUUUCUUUUAUUUAUUUAUUUUUUUUUUAAAGAUUGAUUGUGUCGUUAAUAGAUAACGCGCCAAUCGUUCUCU